CUUGAAUUUUAAAUAAAUCGCAACGUCGUCCUUACGGUUGAGGACUAAAAAACAAUUAAGGAAAAGAUGUUGCUUUGGGCCAAAGCCUAACUGGGUUAUUUCACUCGCUGCCGGCCCAAGCAAAAACAACACCGGGUUUUAGUUAAAGCGUAAGGAAGAGGCGUGGAGGAAUCGGAGACACGGUCGGUUGGGGAAGAAGCGAAGAUGUCGAAAACGCUGGUGCAACCGGUGGGGCAAAAGAGGCUGACGAACGUCGCCGUUGUCCGUCUGAAGAACCACGGAAUGCGCUUCGAGAUCGCCUGCUACAAGAACAAGGUCCUCUCAUGGCGUUCUCGCGUAGAGAAGGAUUUGGACGAAGUCUUGCAGUCGCAGACCGUGUACUCAAAUGUAUCGAAAGGGAUUCUAGCGAAGACGAAAGAUUUGGUGGCUGCGUUUGGGACGGAUGAUCAGGCAAAAAUAUGUCUGGAGAUAUUGGAGAAAGGAGAGCUUCAAGUUGCAGGGAAGGAGAGGGAAUCUCAGUUAUCCAGUCAGUUUCGGGAUAUUGCCACCAUUGUUAUGCAGAAGACCAUUAAUACUGAAACCCAACGUCCUUACACUAUCAGCAUGAUCGAGCGGUUGAUGCAUGAAAUUCAUUUUGCUGUUGACCCCCAUAGUAGCUCAAAGAAGCAGGCACUAGAAGUCAUCCAUGAGCUACAAAAGCACUUCCCUAUAAAACGGUCACCCAUGAGAUUGCGACUCACUGCCCCUGAACAAAACUUUUCUUCUCUUUCUGAGAAAUUGAGCUCUUGGAGUUCCACCAUUGUUUCAAAGGAUGUUUCUGGAAGUCAGCUAUCAGUAAUUUGUGAAAUGGAUCCUGGAUUUUUCCGGGAUUGUGAUUCCUAUGUGAGGAAUAUGCAAGGCAGGUUGGAAAUACUUGCAGUGUCAGUGCAUGCAGAGGGGGAUACCCAUGUUGACAAUUAUGACGAUCAUGAUGAUGUGCCAUCACAUCAACCCAAGGAAUCUGCUGUUUCUGUUCCAUCACAUUUACCCAAGGACACUGCUGAUUUUAUGCAAUCUCAAUUACCAAAAGAAUCUGACUCAGUGCUCCAACUAACUGAGAAAAUGAAGAAACAAACUAUCUCCUCAGGAAAUGGGAACACUGAGGGAGAGGUAAAGCAAAACAAGUGCAGCACUUGCAAUGCAUUUGUUGGUGAUUCCAAGCAAUAUAGGGAACAUUUCAAGAGUGAUUGGCACAAGCAUAAUUUAAAGCGCAAGACAAGGCAACUUCCUCCUCUGACAGCAGAGGAAUGCUUAGCUGACAUGGAAGUGGAUGACUCAAAAGCAGACUUGAAGGAUUAUUCAUUUUGAACGUGAGUCAGGGCUCACAGUUUAUAUUUUGCACUAGAUUAUCACAGGAAGGAUAGAGCAUUUGUAUAAUUUCUUUUUGUUCACUUAUCACUUUUUAGCUGCUGCUUGUUAAACUGGGUUUUAUGAUUUACAUAUGCAGUGAAAAUUCUUGAGUUAAAUUUUUGUUUCUGA